AUGCCUGCUAGCCUAAGCUUUUUUAAUGCCAAUUGUGCAGUUGGAAUGGACAAUGCCUCUCUUGCCCUAGAUCAACGAAACUUGAAAGCCAGAACAUCGAUUCGGCUAUUGCUCGAUAUAGAACAGCGAAUCACUCACAAGGGUGUCUUUAUUAGGGGGAUUCUAGUAAGGACUAUCAACCCAUCAAAAAAAUCCACUAAACAAAAAUGUCCGAAAGCAACCCCCCAGCCAAGCCAGGAGUCUCCGGAAUACGAAUCCCAGCAAGAGUAUGACCUCGCUGGCACUCAACUUAUUAUUCAGUGGGCCAGGAUGCUUCCCGACGAGAUUUUCGGGGUUUCUAGCUCGAACCAGAUGAUCUACCAGCUCGCGUUCUCGUGGAGCAAGCACUUGCACUUGUGUAAUAAUCCAUCUUUACCUCGCAUCGACAAUGGUGCUAGAAAUGUCGCAGGUUCAAGCCUGUAUUGA